GUUCGGCGCAUAAAUUCGCGGCGGAUCCUCAGGAACGUCUUGUAAGCAUUCUGCUUCCUGCCCAACUACACCUCUUAGUACACCUGUCGAAAAGGACUCUACUCUCACCUACCCUUCAAUCUCAAACGACCUUUUACUCUGUAAAUUUCACAUCAGCGCAAUCACGACGUGCCAGUGCAACCCGUCCAUCUUACAAACCCCAUCUAGCCGGCGCGACACCUCGAAAUGAGAGAGAUUCUUCACAUCCAAGGAGGGCAGUGCGGUAACCAGAUCGGUGCCAAGUUCUGGGAGGUGGUGUGCGACGAGCACGGCGUGGACGCCAGCGGCAUCUACAAUGGCGACUCGCCGCUGCAGCUGGAGCGCGUGAACGUCUACUAUAACGAGGCCAGCAACGGCCGCUACGUCCCCCGCGCCGUGCUACUGGACCUGGAGCCCGGUGUCCUCGACAGCGUGCGCGCCGGGCCGUACGGAAAGAUUUUCCGACCGGACAAUUUUGUGUUCGGGCAGACGGGCGCGGGCAACAACUGGGCCAAGGGGCACUACACGGAGGGCGCGGAGCUGAUCGACUCGGUGAUGGACGUUGUGCGGAAGGAGGCGGAGAACAGCGACUGCCUUCAAGGUUUUCAGGUGUGCCAUUCGUUAGGCGGCGGCACGGGGUCGGGCAUGGGCACGCUGCUGAUCGCCAAGAUCCGCGAGGAGUACCCGGACCGCAUGAUGCUGACGUUUUCCGUCUUCCCGUCGCCCAAGGUGUCGGACACGGUGGUGGAGCCGUACAACGCGACGCUGUCCGUGCACCAGCUGGUCGAGAACGCGGACGAGUGCAUGGUGCUGGACAACGAGGCGCUCUAUGACAUCUGCUUCCGCACGCUCAAGCUCUCCAACCCCAGCUUCGGCGAUCUCAACCACCUCAUCUCCGCGACCAUGAGCGGCAUCACGUGCUGCCUGCGCUUCCCCGGGCAGCUCAACUCGGACCUGCGCAAGCUCGCCGUCAACCUCAUCCCCUUCCCGCGCCUGCACUUCUUCAUGGUCGGCUUCGCGCCGCUCACGUCGCGCGGCUCGCAGCAGUACCGCGCGCUCACGGUGCCCGAGCUGACGCAGCAGAUGUGGGACGCGAAGAACAUGAUGUGCGCCGCGGACCCGCGCCACGGGCGGUACUUAACGGCCUCGGCGAUGUUCCGCGGGAAGAUGAGCACUAAGGAGGUGGACGAGCAGCUCCUCAACGUGCAGAACAAAAAUUCGUCCUACUUCGUCGAGUGGAUCCCGCACAACGUGAAGUCGUCUGUGUGCGACGUGCCGCCGCGCGGGCUGGCGAUGUCGUCGACGUUCGUCGGCAACAGCACGAGCAUCCAGGAGAUGUUCAAGCGCGUGAGCGAGCAGUUCACCGCCAUGUUCCGACGCAAGGCUUUCCUCCACUGGUACACGGGCGAAGGCAUGGACGAGAUGGAGUUUACCGAGGCGGAGAGUAACAUGAAUGAUCUGGUUAGCGAGUACCAGCAGUACCAGGAGGCGAGCGUGGACGAGGAGGACGCGGGGGGGGACUAUGACGGCGUUGCGGAGAGCCUCUAAGGGCGUUGGAACGCCCUUUUCUACUACUGUCAAUACUAGCAUUUACUCUGCUUUCGGGGGUGGUAGGGGGAAGCGGGGGGAAGAAGAAGGGGGAGGGAAAAGGGGGGGUUUUGGAAAAGGUGGUUUACCCUGGGGUGUUGCGGGUGCUGGUAACAAGCAGGCGCCGCCUCACACGGAUUGCAUUCUCGCUUGGCGAUGAGACGUGGUGCGACUGUGCCAUACCUAGGGCAGUCAGUAACAGCUUACAGCAUGCAGCGCUAAACUUUUUAGGUCGUUCAAUUCCCGAAUUAGGACAGCUUGUUUAUGCUCACUCUAUACGAAGGAACUUCUCUUCCCCUUAUUGUCUACCCUUCAGGCCUAAUCGACAAUAAGUAGGGGAAUUAGGG